UAUAAACCGACCAUCCUACUCAGCCCCAACACCAUAGCCUUGCUUCGCCUGCUAAACUUUCUUUCCCUCUAUAUAACAAAAGCAGCUAGGGCUAGACGAAGAAGACACACAACAGCAGCAAAGCUAUAAGAUGCCUUGCCUUUACAUCUCUACUAACGUUAAUCUCGCCGAUGUUGAUACUGAAGCUAUCUUCUCCGACGCCACCAAGGCUGUCGCUACCAUCAUCGGAAAACCUGAACAUUUUGUGAUGGUGAUACUGAAAGGAUUGGUGGCCAUAUCUUUUAAUGGGAACAAAGAACCAGCUGCAUAUGCUGAGAUAGUGUCGAUGGGUGGGAUUAACAAAGAGGUGAAGAGAGAUCUGAUUGCCACUUUAGGCACUAUUCUUGAGAACAAGUUAUCUAUCCCCAGGACCCGUUUCUUCCUUAAAGUUUUUGACACCACUGCUGGGCGUAACUCUUCCAAAUUAUAAUGGAUUUUUAUUUACUAGUUAUUGUAUUUUGUUUCAGUUUCCAUCAUUAAUCUAUCUCUAUGUAUCUUUUCAAAUUUAAGUGUCAUUAAUGCUUUUAUUAUGUCAGAAAUGUUAGUUUUUAAUCCUCAUGGAUCUGGAUUUUAUUUUAUUAAUUUGAUUUCAUC